GAAGAACUCCAGCUCCUAAAACUCAUCACCUAUCAGCUGCCGCGACCGUCACUCGAGGUAGAGAAGUUUCUGCUCCUGAGGGCGAAGGGUUUUCUUGCAGACUUUGAAUUCUCGCGAUAUUUCUCUCAACUGUUGCGUUUACAUCUCCUCACAUGCGACUAUCAGGGAAAAAAAGCCGCGAGCACUCCGCUGGUGGAAGAUGUGUGUCGCUUUCUGCGUGAUACGCUUUUGAACCUCCUGUUGCGUGCGCGCUGCAACUUGCAGCAAAUUCUGCUGAUCGGGAAACGCAAUCAGUUUGCGCAACAUCUCUGGAGUGCUUUUCUCACCGGAUUUCGCAACUUGCUUCUCAGUGUCUCGGAGAACCGUGCGUCCGACGUGAACUUGUUUUUCCUCUAUCCAGCGCUGCAGCGAUUCCGUGAACAUUUUGAGAAACAACAAUCGAUCUAUACAGUCUCGUUGGAGUCGUUGCGAAACGUGCAUGGCAUGCUACGAGUGUGUGAAUGGUGUCACGCAUUGCAACUGGCACAGACCUUUUGUCCAGAGAGCUGUCGCAAAAUAGAUGAAUACAUGAAUCUGAAACUCGAAGACUCGCUAGAAAUCACGCGCGCAGGCGGAGAUCUUGGUGAUCUGGGAAGUGCUGGCGUUGCUUCCGGC